GUCCAGCAGAAGAGCACAGGCGUCGCCGGGCUUCUGGUGCCGUCGUCUCAUCUGGUGCAGCCUUUGCCUGCCGUAGCGCACGACAUGGCAGGACAAUCUUCACAUGAACACGAUGUAAUCGUUGGGGAUCGUGGAGCCGAUGGCAAGCAGAGAACGCAGAUCUCCGAGUUUAUGACCAUGGAAGAAGAUGUUGCCGGCGCUAUCGAUGCCAACGCUAAUGGUGAUGACAACACACUCUGUCGCAUAGUACCUGAAGAGAUGGCAGAUAAAGCACCAAAUCAGGCCAAUGAUAAAGUUGCACAAACUUUGAUCUUGCCUCAAGUUGGAAUGGCUUUUGAUUGAGAGCAGAAAGCGUAUGAUAUGUACAACACCUAUGCCGGGAAGAUUGGGUUCAGUAUUAGAAAGAGCCAAGCAAAGCACCGAGUCGAUGGAACUAUAUACCAGAAAUAUAUAGUUUGUAGUAACCAAGGACAACGACAGACUAAGUCAUCACUAGACACUACUAGGACGAGUUGUGAUGCUCGUGUUCAGUUUAGUAUUUGUCAAAAGGGAAUUUGGACAGUGCAAAAAGUUGUACUUGAACACAACCAUUGUCUUGUUAGUCCAAAUAAGUCGCACAAGCUGAGGUCCCAACGGCGUGUUAUAGAAGCAGAUAGGCAGCUAAUUGGCCAAAUAAGGGAAGCCGGGAUGAAACCAGCGCAAGUGUAUGAGUUCAUGAAGGAGUGGUAUGGAGGAGCUGACAAAGUACCAUUCUCAAAGAUGGAUUGCAAUAAUGAGAUCGGUCGCGAAUGCAAGAAGUACUUAGAAUCCAAUGACACACAAACACUGUUGGAAUACUUGAAGAAUAAGCAAUUAAAGGAUCCUGCAUUUUUUUACGCCAUCCAAAUAGACAAGGAAGAUGGUCGGAUAGCUAAUUUCUUUUGGGCAGAUGGUCAAUCUAUCAUGGAUUACUCCUGUUUUGGUGAUGCUGUGUCAUUCGACACCACAUUUGAUACUAAUAAGUUUGAAAUGCCUUUUGCUCCACUCCUUGGAACCAACCAUCACAAGCAGACGGUAAUUUUUGGUGUUGCGUUGUUAUUUAAUCAAACUAUUGAAUCAUUUGUUUGGCUCUUUGAAACUUUUCUAACAGCAAUGUCAGGAAAGCAUCCAAGCACAAUUUUCACUGAUCAAGACACGGCCAUGGCAGCAGCAAUUGCUUUAGUAUUCCCAAACACAAGACAUCGUCUUUGUUUGUGGCACAUUUAUCUAAAUGGUGGUAAAAAUCUUGGUCAUGUCAUUCAUAAGCAUCCUAACAAGUUUCUAACUGAUUUUAAGAGAUGUGUCUAUGAGGAGAGAUCGGAGUAUCAUUUCAACAAGAUGUGGCAUGAAUUGUGGAGUGAAUACAAGCUUGAGGAUAACGUAUGGAUGUCAAAUCUAUAUAGGUUGAAGAAAAAGUGGGCUAUUGUCUUUCGUGACUCUUUUACAGCUGAUAUGACCUCGACUCAAAGGAGCGAAGGUAUGAAUAAUGUCUUCAAGAAAAGAUUUCGUAGGAAACUUGGUCUUUCUGAGCUCCUUGUAGAAUGUGAUAAGGUUGCUGCCAGUCUUCGUGAAAAUGAGUUGGAUGCAGAUUUUAAGUCAAGAAACUCGAGCCCCGUUACUUGCAUCCCAAAUUUACCUAUGUUGAAGACCGCAGCUGACUCAUAUACAAGGAAGAUGUAUUCAGAGUUUGAAGAGGAGUUUACAAAACAAUUUUCAUUAUCAUGUAAGUUGUUGCAAACUGAAGGGUCAAUAUUGACAUUCAUGGUUAUGCCCAUGGAAUCAGAUCAGGAAGCAACAGUUGUGUAUAACACUGCGGAUAUGACCAUUACAUGUUCUUGCAGAAAGUACGAGUCCAUUGGUAUAUUGUGCAAGCAUGCCCUCAGAGUCUUCAAUAUGAAUGAAGUUUUCACUAUGCCAUCUCAAUAUAUACUCAACAGGUGGACAAAAUAUGCAAAAAAAAGGAUUUAAUAUUGAUAAACAAGGAAGUGAGAAGGAAACUUUGAAAACACAUGCUGCACGUAUCUCUCAAAAGGCAACAUCCAUCGCUUUGAAAUGUUCAGUUUCGAAAGAACUUCUUGAUGAUUUGGAGAAAGCCAUAAAUAAUUUGGACUUGGAGGCAGAUAGUUCUCUAAGCAAGAUGCAAGAAAAAACAUGUGAGGUUCCUCUAAAUUCAAAUGACUGUGUUAUGGACACAUUAAAUGGUGCAAUAUCAAUUAGAGUUCCUCGAGUGGUCAAAGGCCCAAAGAGUAGACGAUCAAAAGAUGCAGUUGAAAAGAAGAAACGGAAGAAAACAAAAACUGCUAAGAAUAAAGGAGAAGAUCUAAAUAAUGCAUCAGAAGAUGAAGAUGAAGAUGUUGGUGAUGUGUGUGGGCAAUCUUUGACCAUGGCUGCAAAUGAUGUGUGUGGGCAAUCCUCGACCAUGGCUGCAUAUGAUGUGUAUGGGCAAUCCUCGACAAUGGCUGCAUAUGAUGGGUUUGGGCAAUCCUCGACCAUGGAUGCUCCUUUAAUCCAAGGCGGAUUUACAAGUCUUUUAUUUGGAGUUCAGCAAGAUUCAGCCAUGGCUGCUAGAAAGUUACAUUUCAAUUAAUAGCAUUUGGCUCAACCUACAAUGAGUAGGCUUUUUUUAAUAGAUUUUGGUGUAUCCAUGAACCUGUACUCUUUUACCAUGUUGCACUAUAUUUUAUUUU